UGACUAAGAAAAAAAGUUAAAAGAUGAACUCACGAACCGUAUGGUAGGGUUGUUUGGAAAUGACACAUUUGACAAGACUAAGCUCUUGAAAAAAGCUGGCACAUAUCUGAAGUAUGUGAGGGACCAAUACAGGACACAUUUAGAGAAGAACGUAAAGUAUGAGCGUCCCCCCAUGAUUCCAGAGAGGGACUGGAAGGACCUGAUUUUGGAUGCAAAGGAGAGAAUUGAAAGGAAAAAAGGAAAUACACCACCAGACACCAGAAGAAGAUUGAGUGACACGUCAAAGGCAACCAAGGAAAGGCAAGAAAAACAUGGGCAACACAAACUCGGCUCUGGUGGUUAUGAAACUUGUCGUACGAAUUGGCUCUGAAUUCAAUAGAGUGCCCACGGAAGAUGACAAGAGAAUUGGCUACCAGAAAGGCUAUAUAGCCGUGGCUAAAUGGCUACGAGAAAUGAGUGGGAAAACACGAGAUUCUGAUGCAUCUGUCACAACGCAUGAUAAUCGUGGAACAAAACCUGUACAUGAAGGUCCGGAUGUGCAUCCUAGUAGUGGAGAGCAUGUAGUCAGUGGUGACCAAGUGGAGCAUGAUCUAGGUAGACAACAUCAGGAACGUGAUGUUCCCCAAUCAGGUAAAGAGGACCAAUGUUAUUCGUUUAAACAAAUUUAA